AGAAGUCGAACAUCUAUUUCACUUCGAUAAUACGUGAGAGAAACACGAAAGAUAAUUGUACGUUGCUUCACGCUCAUCUCGCGUUCGAAACUCGUUGAGAGAUGUAACGGAGAGAGAAGUGUCAGUGGCAUUCGAUAUACAAUGCAAGAAGAUAUAUUUCCAGCAGCAGAGAAAAUCCUUUCCGAUAUCGAGAACAUCCUGAAGAAGGAUUCCUCUGUAAAGACAUUUGAGAUUAUACCUGCGGAGGACAACGAGAACAAGUCGCCGGUGUUUCAUCAGGAAGAAUGUUUGGGUUUAGCGUCGUGGUGCGUGCAACCACUUUAUUGCUACGUACAUCGUCGUCUGUUCGAACAUCGUCGAAAUAAACAUAGACGAGAGGAUCCAAGCAACGUUGCUAGAUGGCUGUUAGGCGCGUUGCUUUUAAAUCCAGACGUAUCGACGUUCUGGAAUAUGAGAAGAGAAUUGGUCAAAAGUUACAAAUUGGACGUUACCGAGGAAUUAGAUUUCACACGAUUGGUACUAUAUAAAAAAGCAAAAUGUUUCGAAGCGUUCGCGUAUCGUCGUUGGUUGUUACCAUAUGUAUUAGAUGCCGAAGGAAAGAAUUACGAUCCCGUGCCAACGGAAUCACCGUUGUGUAUAGAAAUGGACAUUACUAGUACAUGCGCCGAUAGAUACGCGACUAAUUAUCAUGCCUUCAGUCAUCGUAGAUACGUUAUGGCUCUUAAGGAAUCUCGUGGAUAUACGUAUCCUAAUUUCGAUAGCGAAUGGAAGAGUACCUUAGCAUGGUGCCAAUCAAACGUAUCCGAUUACAGCGGCUUUUGUUACCGACAAUAUCUUUUGGAGAAGUGCCUGCUUGAAACCGAUACGAAUACUAAGAGUAAUAUCUUCAAAUGUAUUAAGAUUAACGAGUAUCGAUUACGUUCUCAAUUGGUAAUGGAUUACGUUGCCGGCUUGGUCGUUACUUCUAACGAUAAUAAUUCUCAAAGUAAUAAAACUAACGAAGAUUCGACGGCCGAACAAGGUCCUACGCUUCAAACUCUCGAUUUGCUUCAUGGUAAAGCACGACCCACCGCUACUAGCGACGAUAUUGUUACUGGUAACAAUAGUAGUAACAGCAAUAGCAGCAGCACCAGCAAGAGCAUUGGUCACAGCAACAGCAAUAGUAUUGCUACUACUACUUGUACUACUAGUUCUAUUACUACUACUACUACUACUACUACUACUACUACUACUACUACUACUACUACUACUACUACUACUACUACCUCGCAACUCGUACCCUGGCAAACAUGUUUCCAAGCUUUGUCCUAUUGGGUAGAGGAAUGUAGGCUCAAUGAAGAUUUAAUUAGAAUGUACGACGAUCACGAAACUCUUUGGUAUCAACGUAGAUAUCUCGCUCAUAUUCUUACACGUCUCAUCGAAUCCUAUAGAAUGUAUUCCUAUUAUAAGUCUGAAAUAAUCGUUGAUCCUCGUCAUCGUAUCAUGCCAAACGAAUAUGGUAACGUCGAUGAAAUGACCGAUGACAAAAGCAAAAUCAAGGCUCUUCUUGUUCAAGCUUUCUUAAAUCGUACUCGUGAUAUCGUCGAGUUAGCCAUGAAACGUGAUACCCACGAGAAACUCGUUGUCGACAAAUUCCUAAGAUAUUUAGACGACAUUGGUCUUAAGCUUUGAAUUAUUUUUCGCUGUCCUGUAAU